AUGACGACCCUUGAGGGACCAUACCUCCCUUUCGAUGAAUACAGACGCUAUCGCACGACCCAGGAUGAACAAAUUGCCGCCGAAUUCCGCUCGGUCCACGAGCGCAUUGAUGGCGUCGACAGCAAACUAGAAGCAUUCAAGGAAGAAACGAGGGCCGAAUUCGCAGCACUUCGACAGGCCGCGGCGGAGCAACAGCGCUUAACUGCACGGUUGCGUAACCAGCUGCUGAGCAACCCGACGCUCGCUAUCGAGCCCAUCGCUAUCUUUGACGAGACUCGUGGUGUGGUGCAGCCGGAUAUGAACCUCUUCCCACGACACGCCAAAGAAUUCUACGCGCUCCGCAACCCACAAGACGGGCGCCAGCAUGCCAAGCUUUCAUACCUUGUCUCAUUUUACGACGUAGCCUUGCCGGAGGCGAUGGGGCCGUCGUCUUCUGACGAGGAUUCGUCAGGUAAUGAAGAAAGCCAGUCUUCGAGCGAAGCAACGGGCGGCGGCGACGACGACGACGACAACGACGUCGACAACAUCUUCAAGGACCGGAAUUAUCUCGCUGUGCACAUGCUAGAGACGAUUCUCGGCCUGUCGGAAGACAACUUCAUAACGUUCAUGGAGCGAGCCGAAAAACGGGCAGCACGGGCGGCGGCGUCCGCAAUAAAACGGGCGCAAGAUACACUGCCUCUCGGAGCACCUACACGCACCCGACCAUUUGUACAAGCGUCGCAGCCCUACCUUUUGGCUACCACCAGUUCCCAAGCACUCCGGCCGCAGCUCAUACCGCCGUUGACGGUCAGCCAAAUCAUGGACGGUUAUGCAAAUGAGAAGUCUCCAAACCCCGACAGCCAGGACGGCAAUCGUUCUAAUGCCAAGUUAAGCUGGAGGAUCGGGUCACCGCCGGGUCUCCAACAGACAUCGGAGGGAGCGGCGGGUAGUCGUAGUAGCCACGGCGGUGGUUCACAACCGUCCCAGCUGCUAUCCCGGCCCAAGCAGCCGUCGAUCCCAGACGGGCAGAAAGAGGGCACUCCGUCAGAGCCUGGCGACUCGGGCAGCCCGACAAACCCGCAUUCCAAGACGCCAAGCUCGUCCCGUUACCGGAAGAAAUAG